CUCAACUGUCAUUGGUAUUUCGGGAUAUAUAAUCUCAGCACGCAAAACACACAUUGAAUCUUUGAGAAUUUGGCAAAAGGUAUUUUAAAUGAUAUAUCAAAAUAAUAAAUAUUCAAUAAUUUGUGUGGUGUGAAAAAAUCAAAUAAUGUGCAGAAUGUUGGUGCAACAUGCAAAAUAAGUGAAGUCUGUGUGUGGUUCACAUCAGUUGCAUUGCAUGUAUUCUUAUGCGAAGCAGACGUCUGGACAGAACUAUAUACUUACAUAUAAAAAAAGCAUUUUGCAUAAAAGAUCCAUCGGAAAAUUAUGAAUCUACUUUACUGGACCGCUGGAAUAGUGACUCUGCUGACGGCAAUUAUUUUCUACUAUCCCACAUUUUUCUACGUUUUCCUCUUUGUGCUGUAUUCAGCCACUCUUGUAAUUUUAUCGAUUGCUGCAACAAUUUAUAUCCACUGUCUACUAUCAUCGAAGAGCCAACCUCAAGCUAGUCAUUUGCCAACGAAUGUGUUAUACAAUGCGACGAGAUCAAAUAUCUUCGAUUCCCCAAAACCCAUAAAAAAUGCUUCGAGUUUGCCAGUAAUAUUUGGGCGCACAGUGGAUGGACUCCUUCAACAGAUUAUUGAAUACACAAUCCGGGAUUUUAUCUCACCUUGGCUGGGGCAUGUUGUCAGAAAGCCAAAGACACUUAUGGAUGUUGUGCGGGAAGAUUUAUGGAAUGCAAUUCAGAAACUGAGGGACAGGGCUGUGAAGAUAGAUGGACCAAAGAUGUUUGCCGUGGAUAUGGUAGUACGUGUUACAGUUCACCUGGAAAAGAUCAGGAUCUACCAGGCGAGACUAAACGAUGGAGGAGGUGCUCCUACCUUUGCAACGGCAUCAUACUUGGAGUCAGAGGAAAAAGAAUUGGAAUUUCUAAGAAAGAUUAGUGAAAUCAUGGUGAUCUUUCUUUUACCACGAGGCUAUUCACUGUCACCCCUAAAGAAUCUAAUUAGCGAAAUACUCUCUUACAAAAUAUUUUAUCCACUAAUUAAAAUGCUUACAUCUCCGGACUAUCUUAAUCAAAAGAUUGUCCAGUACAUGGAAUCGCGUCUAGCUGCAGCUGCCAUAAGUAAGAGAAGUUAUGAAUAUGCAGCAAGUUUUGAAGACUUUUUGAAGAUAAUCAACAAUUCUCAGAGCGUUGAUGAGUUAUUAAUGAUGCGAUCAAGUAUUGUUAAUGAUAUUAUGCAGGCUACAACAAUGCAAAAUUUGCGAAGAGCUAAAGGAUUGGACCCCGAUGGGGAUGAAGGUACACUUUCCAAAACAUCUUUGAAAUUAAAGAAAUACAUUCAACAACUCUCACUUGCUCGUGCCCAGACGGAAAAGAAUCUUAAUAAAUUGGGAUGGGAUGGAAAUUUCAAUACCGGAGACUUGAAUCUCUCAAUGCUUGAUAUUAUGUCAACAGUUGUGGGUCGAAGAUAUUUAACACUUUUCCUUGAACCGCUACACGUGAGCUCCUUAGUUGGCUUCUAUACAUCUGUUGAGGAACUAAAACAUUCUCUAAAAACGUCUGAACAUCAAGUGGGAGCUGAGAUUUUCUACACCUACAUUCGUGCUCCACAGUCUGGAAUUGUCAUUGAUAAAAAUAUGCGGAAAAAAAUGGAGGCUUUUCUCCUAGGGGACAUAGGGCCAGAAGUUUUUUACGAGGCUCAAAAAUUUGUCCUUCAGACACUCGAAGAAAAAUAUUACCCACCAUUUUUACAAAGUCAGCAGUACCUGGACUUACGAAAUGCACUUACAUCGGAUGAUAUAAAAGACAUUUCCCUCAGUAACUAUGGAGAUUCAACUGAUGAGAGCAGUAGUGCCACCAGUGAAGGAAGUGACAUAGUCCUUGAUCUCGCUAACCACUCAACAUAUGCUAGGACAAAACUUGAGCAGCUACAAGAGAAACUAAACAACAAAAAUCAAGCCCUACAAGCAUUAAGAUGCUCCCUAAAGCCCGAAUCGAAGAUUUUAUCAAUUUUGGAAAAAGAAGUAGAUUGGCUAAAGGGAGAAAGGCACCAACUAGAAGCACAUUUGAUGCGAACAGAUAUUUGGGCAGAAAAUCUUGGUCAAUGGAAAGCUACCGUGCAGAGUGUUGAUGUUAACGAAGAAAAGGAUUCUCUGCAAUUUAUGAUCUUGGUUCAGACUGAUGAAACCAAUGGGCAGUGUAGUGAGGAUUGUGAAGAGAAUGGUGGCGACAAUGUGUCCACUGGAUGGGUUGUCCUGCGAUCUCUUAACCACUUUCAAGAACUCCAUCGUAAACUGCGUCCACUAUGUCGGGAAAUUCGUAAUCUCGAACUUCCCUCAAUGACAUUCAAAUUAUUCUUUCAGAAGAACGAUAAAAGCUCUCUAGAUAAAGCUAAAGGGCAGAUACAAAAGUAUCUCAAUUUUAUACUUGCUGAUGAUCACCUGAACCAAAGUGAGGCUCUCUAUGGAUUUCUAAGUCCCAGUUCGGACCACCUAAAGCAAGUAACGCCGUCUCCUAAGAAGUCCAAAUUUUCCUUAUCAACAUUAUUUAAAGGAAAUCCCGUGGAUUCUAAAUCAGAUGCAUUUUGGGGCUGCCCAAGAGAUAGUGGAGAAGAUGAGAUGUCGUCAUACCUCGAAGGUGCAAACAAUACAGAUAGUGAUGUUCAUAAAGGCGACUGUGAAAGUGGGAAGGAUUCCAUAGCUGAACCCAUGUAUGCCCUCCUGGGGGAGAUAUUCGACAUGGGUGGUGUCUUCAAAUGGGUCAGAAAAAGUCUUAUUUCUUUCGUGCAAAUCACAUAUGGACGUACUAUAAAUCGCCAAAUUCGUGAUACGGUCAACUAUCUUUUUGAGGAAACCAUGCUUCAUCAUUACGCUUCAACAGCUCUCAAGUCUUUCUGGCCAGGCGGCAUUCUUGCAUCUGCAUACCCAGAAAGAACUGACGACAUGCGAGAUAUGACAGCUAAUGCUGCAAAAUCUCUCUUAAUCGACAACAUUCCUGAAGUGCUGUGCAACUUAGUUGGUGCUCAAACGGCAAAAAUUGGUACAAUAAAGAUCUUUGAGACAAUUCAGAAUGUCACCUACAACAAGCAACUUUUCUAUGAAAUGCUGGAGAUUGUGAUGCUGGAACUCUUUCCAGAGAUCAGGCAGCUAAAACCCAGCUACAAUAAACAUUCCAAUAAUAUCAAUCCACCAAAAAUCUACUAAUAUAAUGUACCUUUUUUUAAGUAAUGGCAUGAUUUCUCGUUUUAGAAACAAAAAGAAUGUAACGUGUAUUCCUUUUAGAAUAUCUUUGUGAACUGUGAACAUAUAAAUUACAUAUUCCAAAAAUUAUCCACCUAGUAAAAAAAGAGAAGACCUUUAACUAUACAAACUACCACUAAAAACAUGACAUUAAUUAUAUUUUGGUUUAAUUAUGAAUUAUAAUAAUUAUGAAAAAUUGCGACGGAAUCAAUCGAUUCUUUAAAAAUUCCAAGAGUAUUUAGAAUUUUAAAUCAAAUGUUUUUCAAUUUCCUUUAAAAUUACUGCUUAGAUUUUUUUUUGAUUUUUUUUAUCAAAACUAAUUCAAGAAAGAAAUAACAAAAGAAAGUCCUUUAGCACUUCACCUGUAAUUCUCUUCUUUUGUUACAAUUUCUCCAAAUGAUUCCGCAGCAAUUUGUUUCAAAUCAUGCCAGAUGAAAGAAUUAUAAAUAAAAUCCAUAUAAGGAAAUCUUAUAUGUAAAAGAAUUACAUACAAAGGCUAUGCAGUAAGGAAGAAAAGUGAAUGUUAUAUUAACAUAUCUAGUCAUAUGUAUUUGAUUGAUAAACUUGUCUAUGAUAUUGAUGGGAAUCAAUGUGAAUUCAAAUUAUUAUACGAAAAUGGAAAUAUUUUUAGAAAUUUUUCUUCACUUUUUAUUUCGCUGUGUUCAAAAUAAUACAGAAAUAUAAAUGAGAGAAAAUAAAGUCUCUUGGCUUGUAUAAA